UAAACCUAAACAUUGCUACGCAACUCGGUUAAACUGUGCUCAAUGAAUGGCCUUUUUUUCUGUAUCCGUUCUUUAAUAGAAUGCAAACGGACAAAAAUAAAUUUUAGUUACGUGAAACACUAAAUUGACAGUGACCCAAAUCCGCGAUUUUCUAAUUUUCGCGUUUUUUCUUAUGGCGGGUGUAAGAAAUUCGGAAGAAAUAGACAUAAACGGUGCUAGUGAUGAUGUAUUUUCUCCAAAACCACCAGAAUCAACCGAAGAAUGUCAGGAAUCUUGUACUUUCGAAGCGCCAGAUGACUCUGAGGUGCAAGAAAGAAAAUUGGCGGGAGAAACACAAUUACCAAGCACCAAUGACACAGCUCAAAAUGAAAUUAAUGAGGAAUUAGAUGAUUCGAAGGAAUAUAAUACGGAGGAAUUUGAAAAUGCGGAAAUGCUGGCAAAAAAUCCUGAUGACGAUGAAGAUCUUUAUAUGUACGAAGAAAACGCGAAUUAUGAAGAAGAAGUACAACAAGUAGAACAUGAAGAAUGCGAUGAUAAUCGUGAGGAUAGAAGCAGGACGUCGAAUGCUUCACAACUGGCGAGGAACUUGAAGAAACGAAGCAUUAAAUGGAAUUCGCAUUUAAGAAGUAUGUCUGUCCAAGUAUCCGAUAGCAGUUUAAUAGAAAAAGCCAAAACCCUAGCACCACUAUUCAGUUCAGGAAAACACAAAGGUCAGGCUGGAAGGAUUGGAGUCUUUGGUGGAAGCAUAGAGUUUACAGGAGCCCCAUAUUUUUCCUCAAUUACAGCUUUAAAAGUCGGUGCUGAUUUAAGUUAUGUGUUCACAAUUAAAGAUGCUGCUGUAGUUAUCAAAUCUUAUAGUCCUGAGUUGAUGGUUUUACCAUUUUUAGAUGACCCUGAUGCUAUAAAUAAAAUUAAACCAUGGUUAGAUAGGCUUCAUGUUGCACUUUUAGGGCCAGGUAUGGGUCGUGCUGACAGUACAAAACAAACUUUUGAGGCAAUUAUAUGUUUAUGUCGGUCGAAAAACAAGCCACUUAUUAUUGAUGCCGAUGGUCUGUUUUUUGUUGCCCAAAAUCCAGAUAUCUUAAAAGAUUAUCCAGCUCCAGUGAUUUUAACUCCUAACAAAGCAGAAUUUGCUAGAAUUGUGGGCGAUUCUAAUCUGGAAGGACCUAAAGUUGAGAGAGCCAAACCGUUUUUAGAGAAAACUGGUCCUAGCGUGACUAUUUUCUGUAAAGAUGCCGAAGAUGAAAUAAUAACCUUAGGAAAUACAAUUAAAUUGACAGGUGGUGGAUCUGGUCGCAGAUGUGGAGGCCAGGGUGAUAUGUUAGGGGGAGCAAUGUCCACAUUCCUUACAUGGGCUCUAGAGAAAAAUUUGCCUCCUGCCGUAGCUUGCUUUGCCGCUAGCAAACUGACGAGAGACUGCAAUGCUCAGGGAUUUGUUAAACACGGUCGUAGUCUUGUGGUCACUGAUAUGAUCCAAGAAAUUCACAGUGUAUUUCAAGAGAAUUUUGAACUGAAAUAACAAGAAAAGAUUUUUAUACAAAUAAGCUUUACAUGGUUGAUGUGUGGUUAUGUAUAUAUUUUAGUAAUUAUAAUAUAAACAUUUAACAUAAAUUUAUUGAUUAUAUGUAUAGUCACUUAUA